AUGAUGAGCAUAUAUCGCCCUAAUUACCUCCUCCUAUUCCUCACCGCCUUAUUGUAUCUUUUCGUUGUUGUCACCGCGUAUGGAGUGGGAGGAGGAGAAGGGCACCUUUACCCUCCCAAGUACCCUCCUCUAAGGGGUGGGUAUUUCCCCUAUGACAACUUGAACGACCCACGUUUGAGGGAGAUCGCAGAGUUCGCCAUUUCCAAGUACAACAAGAUUCAUGACCAAAAACUAUUGUUGCAAAAGUUGGUUCAUGGACAGUUCCAAAUAGCGGAGGGAACCAAUUACAAGCUUGUCAUUACAGUUCUCAAUUCUUCUAAGCAAAAAGAGGAGAGACUAGAUUUUAGUACAUGA